AUGGUGGAUGUUAACAAAUUUCAAAGCACGGAGUCUAUAACCCGUUUUUUGAGAAAUAAAGAUACCGAAGUAUCUGAUAUAUAUACAUUUGUUACUCAAGAAUUAUUCAGUGAUUCUAUCAACUCCUCGAUAUAUCUACCACAAAAAGAAAGAUUUGUGUUGGAAUUACUCGUAGACAGAAUCUCACAGUCAAACAAGUUAUCGCAGAAGUUUUUAUAUUCGGACCAAACAUGGAAACUCUUGAACCACAUAUGGAAGAUCGGCAAGAAUGAUCCUAGACUAACAAACAUUAGGUCUAAAGUUUUAACUAAGCUGAAAUUUGGAGACAUCUUUACCAAACUUUUGAAGGAGUUAUACAGCAAUAAUCUUUAUAAAGAUGCGCCUCUCAUUGAUGAUCUCAUUUUAUCAUUAACCCAUUUGGUUCACAGUUUGAAAAUACAUCUUUCUGACGAUCAGAAUUUAACUCUGAUCAGAUAUUUACUACUACUGUUGGAAAACUCGAAUUUGUAUACCUCUGAAACGAUUCAAAGAUUACUUCAUCUUGUCUUUUUCAUCUUCAAACUGAAUAAUACCAACUCUAUAUCAUACGACACAAAACACAAAUCAGAAUUUGCACGAACAUGUCUGGCAAAUACACUAAUUGCGCUCCAAAGACACACAACUGACUCGCAAGUUAAGUCAGACCUUAAGUAUAUGCUUUGUAAGAAUAUUUUUUCUGAGGAUGAUAAAAAAGCAACAGUGACGUUCAUUAGCCAAUUUGCCACUGUUGAGUCCAACAAUAAGUUGAAUAGCGAUGAAGUCAUUUUUCUACUCCAGUUGGUAAUACCAAAAGUUGGUGCUCAAGAACUAGAGAGUAUAGUGCAAAUUUUAAUGAGUUUUUAUCCCUUAUAUUCUACACAGUUGUUAAAGCAUGUUACGGAUAUGAACAAAACACUUUCCACAGAUUUUCUCUCUUCGAUGGUUGAGAAAGAGCUACACCGCGGUAAAGACAUAUCAUUUGACCUAAUCAUUCAUUGCAUUAAAAGAAAUUCAGAUGUCACUUUUAAGUACAGUGAAGAAAUAUGCAAGCUAUGUUCUACAGGAAAUCCUCAGUCUCUGAUGUUGUUCAAGGAAUUCUUUGACUCGUAUGUGAAAAGUAGGGAAGUUGAAAUAUUCAUCAAAAGAUGGUCAGAACUUGUACAGGCUUAUCCUGCCAACAUUUUUGACUCCGAUGAAAUGAUUGACUAUGCUUCUUUAACAAUAUCAACCUUAUCGUACACCCAACUCUCGAAACUAUUUGAAUCUGAGGUAGAAUCAUACACCCAAAACCCUAAUCUCAUUCCUAUCUUCCUUCUCUCGGUAUGUAAAGGGAUGAUGAAAGCAGUAUCUGGUUCCAUUCAAAAUGCUCUCAGUAAAACUUUGAUCCAAAAUAUGUACCAAUUGAAGCCCCAGUUUUCCAGAUUGCUCAAAACGGAUAGUGACUCAAGUUGGAAGUUGAAAUUUUUUAUAUUAAGUCUAUUUGAUAGAGAAGAAUUUGAGGAUGAAGUUGAGGCUUUGUUGGCUCAGCCGCAUUCUAGAAACGAUGAUUACUUCUAUGCAACACUAAGAAUACUUGAGCAAGAUGUUUCCCAAGCAAGACCAAAAUUUUUGCAAAAGCUUAUUUCAUACUUUAAGAAGCAAUCUACAAAAGCUUUCAGAAAGAAAAUAUUUUGCAGAUGGUUCAGGCUCCUUGAAGUUUUAUUGAGCAAGGACGAAAUUAAAGAACUUAUACAGAAAUUCAUGAAACAUAGCACAGAUCAGGAGAUAAUUGAAGUACUGCAAAUACAACUGCUUGAUUCUCAGCCAAACAUCAUGGUAGAAUUUGUUGAAACUUUCAUAACUUCUACUUCAUAUCUGAAAUUUUAUCAGUAUAUAUCGGCGUAUGCCUUAAGCAAAAAGCAAAAAAUACAGAUUCUGGAUAAUUUGUUUGAAAAAUUAAAUGACAAUGAAGUUCCAAAUGCCAAACAAAUAAUGCUAAAUUUGAUUGCCUUGCCAACAUUCAAGUCAAAACUUGAGGCUGAAUUUGAUUCAUUACUCCAAUUAGCAACCUAUUGUGACCCGGAUCUUAACCAACUGAUCAGAAUUAUAUUAUCAAAUCAUUUGAAGCAGCCUGUCGAAUCCGCUGGUUAUCUUGAUGACGCUUUUGCAACCCUUACAAAACAAAUUGACUUGUUGAAUAAGAAAAAGUGUGUUCAAAAACUACAGUACUUGUCCCUUGCAUCUAUAUUAAUUACAGAGUCAAUAGGCUCAAGUUUUGAAGAGAAAAGAGUGGCUCUAGCUUCUAAAUUAAUUGGAAAAAUUAUGGAUAUUCUUUCGAAAACUUCUGAUCUCACUACCGAUACUCUCUCUAGCAUGAUCAACUUCUUAGUGACUAUCAACCACAAGAGUGACAACGCUUCCAUAUUCCCAAGUAAUGUGAAAGAUAUCAUUUCAUCUUUAGGUCUGAAAUACCCUGAUGACAAGUCGUUUAAGUCUCUUCUAUUUGGACUUGUUUGCUCCAUAGACAAAGUAUACAAACCGGAGUACAUUUUUGCUUUAUACGUUGUUUUAAGUGAUGAUGCAAAUAUUAAGUAUAUGGAGCUUUUUGUAUCGAGGUUGGCAGAAAGAGAAUCUGUUUUCAUUGAAUCAUGGUUAAGUAUUUGCGAAUCUAUGAAAUCUGCAUCUGAUGAAGAUUUUGAAAAAUAUGCUGAACUUUGUGCGAUAUUAUUAUCCAACGUCAAAAAAUCGGAUGAUGAAUCGAAGCUCAGACUAACGCAUGUACUAUUUAUCCAAACCAUAUCACAAAUAUUCACGAGAACUACUCGGAUGGCUUCUCUGACUAAUGCUUGUUUCUUGAAAAGCUUAAAGACGGUAAUCUCAACGAAGAUUUGGUUGUUUACCCAAUAUGCAAUGGAAAUGACCAUGGCUUUCGUUUCAUCUAUUUCAGAUAAAAUUGAAGCGUCAAAAACACUAUCUACUGAGCUGGUACAAGACACUUAUUGCGACCUAUGUCACCUGAUUUCUUCCAUUGUCUUAUAUCAAAGAAGAAGGUUAUCUAACCGACAUCACUUAAUUGUUUCGGUUCUGACAUCGCUAAUGAGAAGUUUGUUUGCCACCUCUAGCAAAAUCACCUCAAGAGGAGGACUUGCUUUUGAGAGAUUAACCAGUAAUCUCUGUGAGCCGAAUGUGAGCAAUCUUCAUGUGAAACGCAUCAAUGAUGCUGCCAAGGAUGCAGAAGUCAGCAAUGCGUUGGCCCAGACAAAAGCAGGUUUGAGAAAGCAUAUUCCGGUAUUAAUCCUCGCCUAUAUCAAAUAUUACUUGCAGUAUAAAGUUGGUGUUGAGGUGAAGCCAUAUUUGGAUACUUCCUCUUAUAUGAUGCUUGAUUUGCUCACUUUGAAUGAGCUAAACUACAUCAAUAAGUCCUUGGAUAGCCAAGGCCGUGUAGUUUUCAAAACCUUAUAUGAAAACUACAAGAAGUUCUACAAAUGGAAUGAAGAGUAA